UUUAAUGUUUGGGAUGAAAUGUGCUCGCACUUUGAAUGUAUGCAGUUAUUUGAUUCAUUGUAAAUAUCUAUUAGUCUUACAGUAACUGUGUUAUACAUGUUCUCUUAAUAGCAGUCAGAGAAAUAUGUCUCCAAAGCGUAUAAGGGAAGAAUACAGAACACCAUCGUCUGUCAACACAAGAGCUAGAAGGAAAAAGCAACACAAUAAUGACAAUAAUACAAGCAACAAUGUACAUUCGAUAAUUAACAAAGAAUCAAAGAAUCUGAGAUCAGAAAAGAAAGGUAACUUAUUGAUCAGUACAGACAUGGAAUCUAUACAAGUAUCACAUAAUGAUACUUUAAACGAGACAACAGAUAAUUUAUCUUCUCGUAGAAUGUAUUUCAAUAAUCCUUCAUCACAAUUAAGGACACCAAAAAGCGUGUCUUUCACAAUAGAGUCUCCAAUGGCAUCACAAACAUUUGAGAAAUCAUCUAAAAAUAACAGCUCACAGUUAAAGUCAAAUGUAUCCAAAGGCCAUGUAAAUGCAAGUCUGUCGAUAGAUGAAGUAUCAGACUGUGUCGAAGAUGUCUCAGAAUCAAAGAAUAAAAACAAACGAGCGACUUUGAAUACUACGAAACAAAGUCUAAAAAAAUCCUCAAAAUCUCCAAAGAUUGUUUUAAAAUUGUCGAAAUCAAACUCUGCAUCCAAGAAAGAACAAUUAUCAAAAUUAAAGAUGUUAGACAGAAAUGAAACCAAAAUUUCACCACUGAACAGAAGAAAGUCCAUUAUAAAUAAUAUAAUCAUAAAAAAUACAGCUGGGUAUGACACAGAUGAAGUUGUUUCUACAAAUGGGAACAACAUAAAGGAUACUCUUCUGUUAAAGAAACCAGUAGUGAUACUUCAAAGACUUCCAAGUAUUACUCCAUUUACAUCGUUUUUAUCUGCCUCAAUGGAAAUGUCUGUCAAUGAAUCACAUAACUAUAAUAACAAUACAUCUCGGAAAAUAUCAAAAUCUAGAGUUAGAAGAUCCAAUUCGAAUGCUAAAAAUAAUGAUAAAAGAAUGAUUAGAUCACCACACAAAUUACAAGAACCUGUGGCUGAACCUUUAAUGUCCUCAACACCCACAAACUGCAGCAAACUUCAAGAAAGAAGUGGUAAAGACAAAACAAUUAAGACAUCUUACACACCAAACAUCACCUUUGAUAUGAACAAUUCUGAGACAUUAGAUAGUAAACAACAAAUCAGUUUAUCAGCAGAAACUGAGGAUUCAGAAGCAAGACACAAGAAUGGUACAUACGAACUUGUCAUGCCUAAAACACCAAAUUUACGAAGAAAGCUACGUGAAAUGCAGAACAAGGAAAUUGACCAAAUAAAUUCAAGUAAAAAAAAAACGAGAAAAGGUUUCAGUCAACGUUCUUCGCCGGACAUGAAUAGUACGUACGAAUUUCUGUUACGAACGUCACCCAGCAACAAGGAAGUUACUCCAAAUCCAAACCACACUUCUCCCACAAAAAAUGUGAAAAAAAAUGUUUCAAAAUUACCACUUGUCCUGGGCAAAAAAUCGAGUUACAGAAGCAACAAAAUCGUUUCAACUACUGCAUCUGUUACCCCGUUGUCUAAAUCUCGUAGCAAUUCGAAGGCACCUAAUAAUGCAAAAACUGUUUCAAAAUCGUCGCCAUUUGUUCCCUUUAUUAAAAAGCCAGAUCCGAAGAAAUCCGCAACAAAAGAACUUCCAAAUUUCGCUGAAAUUCAUAAAAGAAUGUUUGCCAAAUCGGAAUCUGUUGUAGAUGCUAAAAGACGAUUGGAGGAAAGGCAUACAGCACUGACUACAUUAAAAAUCAACGAUUUGCCAGGAUCUAGUACUAAAUUGAAGAAAAAACCAUUAUCUCAUAAUUCAAAUAGAAGUCCUCAUAAUCGAUUCGGAUUCAAGAUAAGGAAAAACGACGCUACGAAUUGCAUUCUAAAGAAACGGAACUUCAGAGACAAACAACAGCAACAAAAUAGAGCGAUUCUGCAAGGUGUCAGAACAAAUCGACGUUUCGAACUUCAAAUGAAGUUCAGAAAUAUAAAGCCCUAAAAUAGGUAGCGAUCUUAAAGUAAAGUUGGUGGACUGUCUCCUCGAAAAUCUUCAGUAUUUCCAUUUAGAUUUAUUUUUCAUCGAAUAACGAUCCUUUUUUUGAUUAUGAAUUCAGAUACAUGCCUACCAUCCGAUGACUUCAAUACAUAAUACACGUUUCGUUAGCUUAACAAGGCACAUUAUUUUAUGUAGUUAUAAACUAUUCGAAUGAUUGUGUUUAACACGUUGGCGCCCGAUUUUUGGCUUGUAUGGUUUAAAUCCUCGCCGGUGACGCAGAUCUGCGACAACGGGCGCCAACGUCUUAAUAUACGUUUCAUCGGACAAAUCUCACGAGUCAUCGAUGAAUAUUGAAUAAAAAAAGUGCAAUGAUUUCAUUGUUAUCAGACUGAAGUAUCAGGCGGCGGACGUAGUUGUUUAGCCAGUCGUUUAUCGCGCGAUUCUUAGGAGUGAAAGAAAGAACGAAUUUCGUGCUUUAUCAGGGAUUAUUGGUAAUCUUAUAUCGUUUAUAUUUUCAUGCUCGUUUUAAAUGUUUACAAAGGAGUGUAUGCGGCUCUGUUAAUUAUCGCUAUUAUUGCUCACUCAGAAAGCAAACGACAGCGACACUAGCUGGUUUGCGACUUAUUGGUAAUUUAACAUGUGUCACUGUUUAUUGCCAAUUAAAGUCAGUACGGUCAGAUCACGAUCAAUCUGAAUUUAGACUGUAUCUUUCUCAUUGAAUUACGGGUAAGCUAUAAAGACCACUGUCUGAUUUGACGUGAUCUGACCGUACUGUGACCAUUAGUGUGAAUCUGGCUUAAAAAUUCCAGCUCAUCUAUGUAUCGAUCAAGCCAGGCCUUGUAUAGAUGUUUUCACAUAUUCAUAAAAUUUAACUUUGUCUGUUGAUGAUAUGUAAUAAAGUUAUAUUUGCAUCGGUGAAUAUAAAUCAUUGCGCCUUUUCCA